CAAAAUAGUUUAAACAUGUCCAGUGGUCCUUCGCCGGCGAAGCAACAGAGCAGCAUAUGCCUGCUGUGGCUGGUCGUCUGCAAGACGGUUCGGUUUCAGCUGGCCAAUACGGUAACCACCGUUCUCAUCAUUGUGGGUCCCAUCAUGGUGUUCCUCAUCUAUUCGGCCACAGUUCUGUUCCGGGAGCAGCAGAUGGAGCAAAAGCUCCCACCCAUCAAUAUGACAUCCGGAGUGGCCAGGUACAUUUACUACUCUCCUGGGAACCUGGUGUUGGCCGGGGUCAUCGAGGAUGUGGUCUACGGUCUGGCGGCCAAAGGUAGCCAGGCCUUUUAUAGCGCAGAAGAAAUGGAUCGUGCUCUCUCACAGAAGGGUACCUUUGGAUAUGUGGGCAUUGAGUUUGAUGACGGGCUUAGAGAAAUUAACGUUCUUCCCGACAAAGUAUCGGUGGCUCUGCGCUUCCCCCUUCACCUGCGCAGCAAUCCCAAGUUGAUUUGGAAGAACAAUGCCAUUUUCAAGCACACAAAUCUGGAAACAGAUUACUAUAAUGUCGAGGGAUUCUUGAGUGUGCAGGCCAAGCUGAGUGCGGCGUUGAUCUUGGCUAAAAAAGAGAGCGCCAUCCUGCCGGAAGUCAUAGUGCAGCACUAUCCCAGACCCAAGCAUUUGAAGGAAACGUUUUCGGGCAAUAGUGUGGCCCUAGCCGGGAUCCUCUUCAUGCCCUACACCAUAGCCGCUGCCUAUCUAGCCCGCGUGAUUGUUAUGGAACGGCGACAGCAUAUGCGGGCCAUGUUGCAACUUUUGGGCGUGAGGGCAUGGAUAUACUGGCUCUCCUGGUUCCUGGUGGGCUUCCUCAUCCUGGCCAUUCCCACCUUGUUCAUGGGCCUCCUGCUGAAGUGGCGCUUCUAUCCGCUGAGCGACACGUCCGUGGUGCUAGUCUUCUUUCUGGUCUACAACCUGGAGGUCUUGUGCUCGGCCUACAUGAUCUCGGCCUUUUUCUCGGACACCGUCAGUGUCCAGGUGGCCAUCCUGAUUGUGCACCUGCUCGGCAGCCUGCCCUGGCGCCUAAUGCUGAUGGGCUACAGGACCACUUUGCUCCGGACCCUGUUCGCCUGCCUCUUCCUGAACAGUGCGUUGGCCUUGGGACUGCAAGAGUUGAUCGAGAAUGAGAACCUCCACAUGGGAAUGAGUUGGAGUAGAGUCUUUACAAGGUGCAAAUACAAUAUCAACUUGGGCAUCGUUGUGUUGUUCAUGCUGUUCGGCAGCCUUUGGCGCCUCCUUGUACUCGUGUACGUGGAACAGCUGAAAAGUGUUCGGACCAGAAGGUGGUACUUUCCGUUGCAGCCCUCCUACUGGUGCCCCCGGAAGGGUCGGCGGCGAUUCACACCAGAAUGGGAUCUCGAGGGGCAGCCCAUCGUUGUGCGGGCCAGGAACCUGGAAAAAGUCUUCAACGAACGCAGUGCGGUCAGCAAUGUGAGUCUGAAUUUUUACCAAGACGAGAUCACAGUGCUCCUGGGUCACAACGAUUCGGGAAAGACGACGCUUCUUUUGCUGCUGGCCGGCUUCCUGGAGCCCAGCUCCGGCGGGGUGACCAUCAACGGCUACGACCUGGUCAUCGAGCCGCGGAAGGCGCAUCAGUCGAUGUGCAUUUGUCCGCAGCAGAACGUGCUCUUGGAUAAGCUCAAGGCCAGGUGGCACCUCAAGUUCUACUGCCGGCUGAAGGGUCUGAGCCGGAAGGAGGCCUCUGCCGAGGCGGACAAGUACCUGGAGAUCGGCCAGAUGGAGGACUUUGCCAGCACCAAGGUGAAGCACCUACCCAGCGGCCUCAAGCGGAUGCUCCUCCUCUGCUGCACCCUCUGCGGCAACUCGAAGAUUAUCCUCCUGGACGAGCCCGGCACGAGUCUGGAUCCGCUGCUGCGGCGCGACAUGUGGGACCUACUGCGCCGGGAGCGAAUGGGUCGCUGCAUCAUCAUGUCCACCCACAACAUCCACGAGGCCGAGGUGGUGGCCGACCAGAUAGUGGUCCUCUGCGAUGGCCAGGUGAUCGGCUACGGCACCACGCGCUUCCUCACCCACCAGGCCGCUACGGACUCGUUUUAUCUGCUGAUCUGCACCAAGCUGGACGACUGCUUGGUGGCGUCGGUUACGGACUUCCUGCAGGAACGCUUUACGGACAUCAAAGUGCAGAGCGAGUACGGCAUUUAUGUGACCUACAAGCUGCCCACCAGACAUGUGUCGCAAUUUCCGCGCUUGUUUCUGGAGCUGGAGCAGGCACUGGUCGAGCUGAGGAUCCAGGAGUUCAGCGUGUGCGCCCCCACGCUGGGCAGUGUGUUCCUGCGGAUCGGAGAGGCGAUGAGGGAGGCCCGGGACCGGGACCGGAAAGAGUCCCUCAGCCCGUUGGCCAGCCCGUCGCCCAUGUCGUCUCUACUCAAUCUUCUGCCCAGCUUCGAUGUGCGCGAGGACGAUGGUCGGGUGAAGUGCUGCAACCAGUGGCGGGCCAUCAUGGAGAGGCGGCGACUGUUCGCGUGGCGCCACCGGUGGCUCUACUGUCUGAUCGUGGCGAUGCCGGUCAUCAUCUGCUUGCUGGUCAUCUGCUUUGAGGUGUUCAUCUUCAUCAUCGACUUUCGGUUGACCGAGCACUCAGUCACGGACCUGCGUGUCUAUCCCACGGCGGUGCUUGUGAUCGAAUCGUCGGCGGACGACGAUCCCAUCGUCCAACAGUACAGGCGGAACGCCUUGGCCGGGGGAGCCACCGUUCGCGGCACAGGCGGCGCUGCCUUGGCCGACUAUUUGCUGGAGCAGAUGGCUGCGGAUCAGGCUAAUGCCCAGCUCACAUUGUUGGCCGGCGUCACCGUCGAAGGCGGUGGCAAACCGAUCAUUGCCUGGGCGAACAACAGACUGGAGCACGGAUCGGCGCUUUCCCUGGGCAUGGUAUACGCAGCCCUGGGCCAGGAGAUGGCCCACCUGGAGAUCGAGAUUGUGAACAAGCCGUGCGCGGACACGAUCGGCCAGUCACUGGCCGGCCUCAGCCGGAACAGCUUCGUGGAGUUCUCGCUGCUGGUGUUCAUGUACCUCGUCCUGGCCACCACCAUUUUCGCCGUACUGCCGGUCCUCGAGCGCCAGAGUGCCGUGCAGCACCAGCAGUUCAGCAGUGGCAUGAGCCGGGUCACCUACUGGCUGUCGCAUCUCUUCUGGGACUACUGCCUCUUCGUCGCCAUGAUCCUGUCGCCGAUUGUGGUGGCCGCGUUCACCUCGGGUUCGGCCCUACCCUUGACCAUCCUGCUGCUCGCCUACGGGUUCGCCGUCAUUUCGUUCACCUACCUGAUCAGCCAGAUGUCCCAGGACCUGGGCAAGAUGUUCAUCAUCAUAUUGUAUAUUAAUAUGAUAGGCAUUCUGGCUUUGUUCAUCCAUCCCAAGAGUGCUGAUCUGCGCUACGGAGUCCUCGAGACCGUGCUCUUGAUCCAUCCACACUAUGCGUUGUUCUGUGGCACGCAAGACAUCAUCAAAAUGGAUAAGGUCUUGAAUGUCUACGAACCGCGUGUUAAAACGGUGCUUUCCUAUACCUACAGGUGGACGCAACUCCAUUAUCUGAUGGUCAGCGGAGCUGUGUACCUGACUCUGCUCCUCCUCUCAUGGGUUCCUCGACGCAUUGGCUACGCCUUCAAAACCAUCAAGAACGAAAAAAUAGAGCCAGACCAGAAAGAUGAGGAUAUAGGUGUAAACAGAAUCCGGCAGAGAUUGUCCCUUCUGACCACCAAAAACUAUGAGCAUUUCCCACUCAUCUUGAAGAACGUAUCGAAGCGCUACGGUAGUUUGUUGGCAGUGCAAUCCCUGACGCUGGACCUCAAUCCGUUCGAGUGCCUCGGCUUGCUGGGACGGAAUGGUGCAGGAAAGUCCAGCACCUUCUUCAUGAUAGUGGGCAUGAGAUCGAUCACGGUCGGCAACAUUCACAUCAAGGGCUACAGCUUGAGGAGUCAUCCCAAGGAAGGGCUGCGGCACGUGGGCUUCUCUCCGCGGGAAGAGAUGCUGUCGUUCUACAUGACUGGCCGGGAGACGUUGCGCUACUGGUGCCUGGUCAACGGCAUCCGGCGGAGUCACGUGCGGGAAUUGGUGAGGACAUUGGCCGAUUGCUUCGGACUGGUGCUCCACCUGGACAAGCGUGUCAGCACCUACAGCAACGGCACCAAGCGGAAGCUGAUGAUCGCCAUGGCCAUAUUGGCACCGACCCUGAUAUGCCUCGAUGAACCCACAGCCGGCGUGGACAUGCACGCCAAGUACGACAUCUGGAAGAUCCUCGAGAGCAUCCGGCAGGGCGGUCGGGCCAUCCUGCUCACCACGCACAGCAUGGAGGAGUGCGAGUUCCUGUGCACCAACGUGGGCAUCAUGGAUCGCGGCUCGCUGCUCUGCUACGGCUCCUUGGCGCACCUCAAGAACCGUUUCAGCAAGGGCAUCUUCGUGAAGGUGAAAGUGGGCACCACCUCGGAAAUGGAGCGUGCGAGGGAGGAACGGGAGCGAAUCAACUCGACGGAAUUAAUUUAUAGGGAAAGCGGAAGCACGAUGGGUUCCCUAAGGAUGUCGCUGAUGCACUUGGAGAGGCAUCGUAAGCCCCAAGUGGAGGGAGUCAGGAAGUUGGAAGAGCAAGCAAUCUCCGAAUCGGACAUCCGGGGGGACUAUGACCUCCUGCUACAAAGAUUGGAGGAAAUCUUCAAGAGAGACCAUCCCUAUAGCAGCGUAAGCGAGAAGUACACUUACCGAGGAAUGAUUACCUUUUGUAUUCCGAACGAGAUGAUCAAAUGGUCUGCAAUCUUUUUGUACAUGGAGAACUUAAAAACUGAAAUUCAAAUUUUGUACUACUCAGUCAGUCAUACGACUUUUGAAGAUGUUUUCAUGGAUUUUGUGAGAAAGCACAAUCAAUAGAAAGCAAAUUUCUUUAUGAAUCAUACUAUUUUAUAUAUAGUAUAUGAACAUGUAAACCUGUGGACUUAUCGUAUCGGUAGUGACUGCUGUUCGGAUAGCUAUGCAUAUGUGAAGGUUUCUGCCACUAAAUGCUAACAAAUCGCAUAUUUAAUCAGAAAGUAAACAAAUCAAGCUAUUUCGCCGAUUAAUGAGGUGGCCUUUUGGGUAUAUUUAUACUAUCUAAAGGAAGCAAUUAUUGAAAUUUUAUGUAUAUAUUUUAUAAUUUGGCGUACGAAUUAAUUUUUA